CCAUAAGAUAAUCAUUCGCCGUUCAAUGUUGACAUCUACUAGUCUCUUUCUACGGCUUACUUUAGUCUCAUAAAAGGCUUAACGAACAGUCACCCUAAGACAAAUGAAGAUCUAACAUCGCAAAGAUUCAAUAGUCAUUCAGCGACUGUAACCAACUGCGUCGAGUCGAAUUCGUGAUUUCAGUGAAAUGUAAAAAGGAACAAGUUGAAUUGUGCAGUGUUCAGUUGCAAUAGAGUGCACUUUACUGUGUGAGGAAAUUCGUUUUUAAUGGAGAAAAAUGUCAGUGAGAUGGGCAGCGUAGACUGUCUGCCUUCGCAAACAAGAUCCACCAUCACUUUAGAUGUGGAUAGCAAGAAGGAUGAGGAGUACAACCCUUUGGAGCAUCGACAAGUGGAGCAUCCUACAUCGACCUUGGGGUCAUUCUUCCACCUACUGAAGUCGUCGUUAGGAUCCGGUAUACUGUCCAUGCCAGCAGCGUUCAAGCAUACAGGAAUCAUUCCAGGAUGUAUUGGAACCGUCAUAGUAGGAUUCAUAGCGACACAUUGUGUGCAUAUCUUGGUUACAACGUCAAGAGAUAUUUGCAAGGAAUGCCAUGUAGCUUCACUUAGUUACACUACCACGUGUGAAAGAGUAUUUAAAAAUGGGCCGAAAAGAACCAGACCAUAUUCCACAUUUGUAAGGCAUUUUGUGGAUUACGCUAUGGCGGGCGUAUGCCUUGGCGGUACCAGUGUUUACGUUAUAUUCAUCGCAUCUUCCCUAAAAAGCAUCUUCGACAAUUACGCGUCAGACACCAAGUAUCCGGUAGAAGCUUACUGCGGCUUCCUUCUCCUUCCACUGAUUCUGAUAACCCAACUUCGGCACCUGAAGUUCCUUGUGCCGUUCUCUUUGCUGGCAAAUCUGAGCCUCGUCGUUACAUUCGGCAUCACUUGCUUCUACACCUUCAGUGGGCUCCCUGACUUGUCUAAGGUGAAGCUCGUCAACAGCGUCGCGCAGUGGCCGUUGUUUUUAAGCACGGCAAUAUUCGCAAUGGAAGGUAUCAACGUGGUAAUGCCAAUAGAGAACGAAAUGGCCAACCCAGAAGACUUCUUAGGCUGUCCAGGAGUUCUGAACAUCACCAUGACAUUGGUAGCUGCUUUGUAUGGAGUCGUUGGUCUUUUUGGCUACUUGAAGUAUGGAGAAGGAGUUGACGCCAACUUAAUCGUUAGCUUGCCAAAGGAUGAUCUGUCUACCCCUGCGGUCUACUCGUUGCUCCAAAAGAAAGAAAGACUUACUUACAUAAUGAAACAUAAAUAGCCCAUACAAGUCUCACUGCUGGGCGCGGCCUUCCCUUAUAGAGUCCAUGAAGGGUUUCACUUCUAACUUCUGAAGAAAAAUCAUCAAAAUCGGACCUGUCCCUGCCAAAUUAGAAGUUAGUUAGGAAGCCGCGGCUUUUGUUGACCGGGGAAAUGACCUCAAUCAACCGGAGGAGGUAUGGAUACUCCACCACGCUGCUCCAGUACGGGUUGGGCUUACUGUUGGCAACCCCAACAUUAAAUUAAUAUUUUUAUUGCAAUGAUAACAUUUAUCGCUUGUGCUCCAUUGAACUAC